GUCAUUGCGUAGAGAACUCGCAGCUAAACUAUCAAAAUUACCAGCGGAUUUACCAUUAGAAGAUACUGAUGAAGCAGAUGAAGCAGCUGAUGAGCUUGGCUCUCUUGGUCAACAAGCGACGAGCACGAAAAGCCAUAGGAUGCAGGCUGAAUACACACCACUCAGUGGGCAGAACUAUUUUGAUGAAGCUCUAGAAAUAGAAACCAAGCCAGGAUGUAUAUUCAGAGUCUACUACUCGGCGCCCAUAGAACAGCGAAACGCUACUGUCGUAGUAUUCCACCAAGGUGCAGGGUAUACAGGUUUAUCAUUCGCCUGUUUGGCUAAGGAACUCAGACGGUUGAGUAACGGUAAACUUGGUAUGCUAUCAUUUGAUGCACGAGCGCAUGGGAAAACACGUAUUGAAGAUGGAAAUGAAUACGAAAUGUCGUUGGAGACACUCUCAAAUGACCUCACACAAAUACUUGCCAAAUUGUUCACCGAUAAGGCUACAAAUCCCCAAUUUAUCCUUGCAGGUCAUAGUCUGGGAGGUAGCAUUUGUUCUCAUGCUGUUAAAUCCAUAAAUCAACUAGUCGGGAAAGUUGUCGGUUUAUGUGUUCUCGACGCUGUAGAAGGAACAGCUAUGGAAGCACUACCCUCUAUGGCAGGUAUUGUGAAGAGUAAUCCGCAAUCAUUUACUUCUCUCAGUCAGGCUAUUUCAUGGCAUAUCAGUAACCGCGUCAUUCAUAAUCCAGAAUCAGCUAGACUAUCGGUACCAUCUAUGGUUGUUGAGAAGGACGGCAAAUGGUAUUGGCGAACUGAUCUACUCAGAACAGAACCAUACUGGUCUGACUGGUUCAAAGGACUUUCGAACAAGUUCAUAAGUGCACCUACGGCAAAGUUACUUAUAUUGGCUGGUGCUGAUAAACUCGAUACACCACUCAUGAUAGCUCAAAUGCAAGGCAAAUUUCAGCUCAAUGUUAUACAAAAUGUUGGGCAUUGUCUUCAGGAGGAUGAUCCUGCUCGUGUAGCUGACCUUUUGUAUGCCUUCUAUGAGAGAAAUGUAGGUCACGUAGUUGAUCUAGCGAAAAUCAAGAAAGUUGGUCAAGCAUAAACUAAAUACUAGAUGCGUAUCAAAUACUUUGAAGAUGCUACUCUUUAAAGUUAACAUAAGUUGUUAUAUAGUAUAUAUAUCUGGAGUGAUUGUACAAAUAAAAGAAUAAAAGGUAUGAAAAGAGUCCAUAUGUGUCCGUAAGUCCUUGCAUAUAAUGUCGUUAGGUGGGUAUGAUGCUAGCUUCAUUCUUAUGGAAUGGAAGCUUAUUGUUGUCUGUAUCAUUAUCUCCUUCGCCCUGCGCUUGAGAUUUGGUUAUCUGUUUGUGUUUAUGUGAAGAUGCAAUGUCAGAUGUAAUUGAAGUGUUUAAUAAUUUCGCGUAAAGUCCUUCAAAAGUCUUGUAAUUAAAGUCUAAAAUAUUUGAUAAUCUCUUGGAUAUUGUCAAAAUAUCAAUUACGCAUGGUUCGUUAAGAUUGGAGGAUAUAGUUGUGAAGCCUUCUAAUAUUUGUUGGGUAAGGUUAUCAUAUAAACGCUUCCUUAUUAGAUGAUAUACGUUUGAUUGCUUAUUAUAAUGCAAAUCAAACCAAUCUUUCAACCUUUGUAGAAGUUCAGUCGAAGGUGAAGAAUCUAUAUAACCUAAUUUCUUAUUAACAGCUCUUGUAAUAUGAGUUAAAGCCAUUAAGAUUGUUUUGUCAGACAACUGACUGAAUAAAGUUGACUGAUUGCUACUAGAUUGAAUCAGAUCAACAACCUUGAAAGUUAAGCCUUUGUUAUUUUGUUGAGUUUUAAAUAAAGGAGAGGGUAUUUUACCAUUGUUUAAAAUAACAAAUAACUCAGACUUCAGCUCUUGAAGUUCAUUUACGGUGAAUUGUUUGAGAGAAGAUGAGUUGAAACCAUUGAGUGUCUGUCUGGCAAGUAAUAACAAUAGAGAUAUCAAAGUGAGGUCUUGAAUCUGUUGAUGAGAGUUAUCUAGCUUUGAUUUAUCUAAAAGAAGAGUUUCAGGAAGUUGUCCGUUCGAUUGAAGCUGUUGUAAGACAUUCAAGAAGAAGGUUUCUCUAAUUGUGUUACCUUUCGAGAUAGAUAAGCAGUUAAUGGUGUUUUCGAUCGAUAAUUCAUCGCUUUGCCUUCUCAUUUCAAAGUAUUGGAACUCAAUUUCAAUAGCCGAUUGUAGGAUAAGUUGACGAUGAGCAAUCAAUUGAUGAUUGAGUAUGUCCUAUAGAUUUUUAACUAAGUUAAAGGACCAUUAAGACAACUUACAAUUUUCAUCUGUUCUAAUAAAGUCAGAAACAAUUCCAAAGACUGAGUUAGAUUAUCAAAAGAGGUUGAUAAAAAUCUAUCGAUCAGGCUAUCUCUAAUAGGUGCGCAAUGUUUCUUUAAAAUUGCACUUAAAGAUUUGAACAAUUGAGAUAAUGUGAGUUUAUCAUCUAAUAGCUCGUUCGUCAAUUCAUUAACCCUAUCUGAAUCUGCCUUAUUUGACUUUUCCAGGAGGUUUAUGAGAAUAUCCCUUAUAUUUCUAAUCAUUAUUGGUAUUCUCUUUGGCUGCACCCCGUUAUGGCAUUUACAUUCUACGAUAGAACCCUGGCCUUUAUCAUCGAAAACCAAGCAACUACAAUCGAAUUCUAAUUCAUAUUCGAUAGCUUUCCAAUAUAAAUCACUCUUUUUACUAUUAUUUAAGCUCUUAAAUUGUAAACUCUUUGAGUGUAUUAUUUCAUGCCUGAGAUUAUCGUUAUAUAAGAUGUUUAAGAUAUCUAAUUCUAAUAUAGACUUGAUAUUUAUAUUAGCUAUCAGACUUGGUUUGUAUUUGUUUACUCUUCUCCUCUUGUUAUUUCCCUCC